AAUAUUCGAUCAUCUAAAGAUUAUCAUAUUACCAAAUAAGUUUUAAUAUUCUAUUGUUGAAACUACAAUAUGGUUGCAUUCAACAUGCCAAGAUUUUUUUAAAGUUGUUUGGUGGUUAUUUUAAAAACAGUAACAGUAUAUGCUGUUUCUUCACUUUAACAUGCCACAAAUGCAUAUAGAAACUACUACAUAUAGCCACCAAUAUGACAAUAAAUACAAACCACGACUAAAAUAUUCAAUUGAGUCAGGCAAUAUUGAUGAAACAUCGUCUGGAUAUAGUUCCCGGGAAAGUCUUAAAUGCAAUAAUUUGAAGGACUCAGUUUUACAAAAAGAAACCAUUUUUUCAAAGUUAAACAAGCCAGCUAACUCUAUUUCUAAUGAAGCACUCAUGUUAGACCAAAAGUCUGAGAAUGAUAUAAAAUCUCAAGCAUGGGGCAAGUCCCCCAAAAAGUGUUGUCAACACCAUGAAUCUAUUACUGAAAUUAAUGAUCAGUUGUUGUUACAAAAUAGAUUGCUUGAAGAGCAUAAUGCUAAUUUAAAAGAAGAACUUCAGUUGGCAAGGAGAUUUUAUCAGUGUGCGCUUUCAGAACUUAGCUCUCAGUUAACUAGAGCUGAAAAUCAUAUAAAAUAUUUAAGUGAAGCUAUUGAUGCAAAUGCUGAAGCUGUUGCAGGAUGUCCUAGCAAAGACUUAGGAAGUCCAUUAAAGUUACAAACCUUUGAUAAAGAGAGCACUGACAUAAAUGUACCUCGUGCUAAAAUAUUCCAAGGCAGAAGUUUUGUAAAAAUGAAAGAACAAUUACAAGAGCGUAAUCAACUUUUAAAAACAGAUAUUCAGAAGUUAAAAACAAGAACAGAUUUACCACGUUCAUCAAGUGUCCCAUCAAUAAAUAACAAUGUAGAUAAAUCGCAGUUAAGAAACACUCCUAAGUAAAUUGUCGACGCGACGUCUCUAACAAAGCGUUUAUAUGUAACUUUAAAAAGUAUUUUUAAUGCCGAUUAAAUUUUUUUAAGUUUA